ACGUGAACUGGCAAUCUGGCUAAAGGAUGAAGGAUGAGAUUCAUCGGAGACAAGUGCAAGGUACGCUGGGGACCGGCCCCGCAGGACACAGCCAAGGUGACCCGUGGCUCCAGAUUGGGACGAGGAGGCUCCAGCAGUCACAGGCUUUCCCGACUUCUGCAUUUCUGUACCGGAUUCUUCGGCUCCAGGGCUCUAGAGAGGUGUGGGCUAUGUCCGGGCAGAGAGCCUCCCUCGGCCGCCCCUCCGCCGAAGAAUAAACGUCAUGGGCCAGUAUGAGUGCUGACGCUCAGACCCCCUCUCCCAUUCUGCGUGGCCAAAGGAGGAAGAAAAGGAGAGGCUGAGCCCAGGCUCCAGGACUAGCUGCUUCCUUCUCCUUUUCCUCCCGUUCCUCCUCCUCCAGCCGGCCAGAUUCCUCCGGCCGACCUCGUGUCCGGCCCGGGUUGUCCUUUCCCGGCCGGCUCGGCUCCAUCUCCGCUGCCCCCGCUGAGACCGCGGCGCCUCCUCCGCCCCGGCAUCUCAAUAUGUGUCAUGUCAUCGUGACCUGCCGCUCGAUGCUGUGGACCCUGCUCAGCAUCGUGGUGGCCUUCGCGGAACUGAUUGCCUUCAUGAGCGCCGACUGGCUUAUCGGGCGAGCCAAGCCCGCCGGCUCCGGUGGGACGGACAACCGGACAGGAGGCUCCCAGGAGUCCUACCACCCGACCCUGGGCAUCUACGCCCGCUGCAUCCGGGUCCCCCGCGUGCAGUACUUCAAGCGAGACACCCUGUGCGGGCCGUACGCGGAGAACUUCGCCGAGAUCGCCAGCGGGUUCUGGCAGGCCACGGCCAUUUUCCUGGCCGUGGGGAUCUUUAUCCUCUGCGCCGUGGCCUUCGUAUCCGUCUUCACCAUGUGCGUGCAGAGCAUCCUGAAGAAGAGCAUUUUCAAUGUCUGCGGGCUGCUCCAAGGGAUUGCAGGCUUGUUCCUGAUCCUCGGUCUGAUACUCUACCCCGCUGGUUGGGGUUCCCAGAAGGCGAUAAGCUUCUGCGGACACUACGCGUCCGCCUACAAGCCGGGAGACUGCUCCCUGGGCUGGGCCUUUUACACAGCCAUCGGGGCCACCGUCCUGACGUUCAUCUGUGCCGUCUUCUCGGCUCAGGCCGAGAUCGCUACCUCCAGCGACAGGGUGCAGGAGGAGAUCGAGGAGGGGAAGAACCUGAUCUGCCUCCUCUAGCUGGGCGGCCCCCGCUGCCGCCGCCUGUCGCCUCCGCUCAGGCAAGAGGGUCCCUUUUCCUGACUCACCGCUCACACGCCACAUGCCCACCUGCCGGAGCUUGGGCCUGCUGAAACCGGCGGGGCCCGAGGAGAGGAGCCAGCCCUAAGCCGAGGAGUUGGACCCAGGAAUUUGGGCGCUUCGGGGCCUUGGCACGACUGGAUGCCAUGUGUGUCCAGCACAUGGGAGAGGAACGGGCGGGGGGGCUUACGGACGGGCACGUGUAAAUAGCCUCUGGACUCUGGCCGACAGCUGACGGUCUCCCAUUCCGUCAGAUGACGGCUCCCCCAGGGUUUGCUCUACCGCACAACGUACAGCAGGAUGUUCUCUGUGGUUUCCCGUCACUCGAGCCUACCAUCCCAUUCACGUGGCGGCGGUUCUGCUUCGGGCGCUCUAGUGAGGCGGUGUCCCAGCCGUCAUCUUAGACCCGCACUGCACUCGCAGAAGGGACAGGGGUGGACGCCAGACAAACUCACACUGCCUGUUCCUGGCCAACUGGAAUGAGACGGGAGCUUGAAGUUGCUCUGAGCUCGGGGGUGGGCGUGGGUAGGCCGUGGUCAGCGGGGCGAGAGUGGGGCGAGGGUUAAAGGGAGAGUCUGUUAAGUCUCCCCGAACGACGCGUGGUCAAAAAGCACAGAUUCGGUCCAGUUAGGAGGCGUUCCUGUUCCUCACCUGCCCAUCAGGCACACCUGGGCCUCUCAGCUAUUAUCACAGCUGCUACUACGGAGGGCGCAGGGCCCAGGACCCACUGAGAUCUUUCAGACAUCAGCCAACUUCACCUCAUUCUCUAAUAUUAACUACAUUUCAGUAUUUCCAAUCACAGGUUACAUUUUAUCUAGGUCCUGUGGCAGCCACCUGCUGGGGGGGAGGUGGGUGGGGAGGAGAACAGGGGAGGGGAGGUGCCCCCCACUCCCUCCAAGAACUGAUCGUGAACAGUGGAAACAGGCCAAGUUUAAGAGAGCUGCAGAGUGAAGAGCUCAUUUUCCUGGACAAGGCAAAAGGAAGACUGCUGGACAGAAGGCGCCCUUCAACUUGAGCAUCUGGGUACAAACAGCCCCAUCAGUAAUUCCUUACCUGAAGACCUUGCCGAAAACACCCGAGAUGGUUCCAAGGGAAGGAACCCAGCAAGCGUUCGUGGUUGAGCGAAGGUGGAUCAAGUCUCACCCCUCCUGCUAGAGGACUGGCAAAGCGGCGGGUGAAAAAAUUCUUAUCACAAAAAGGAACCAUACAGUGGUUGGCGGGGGAAGCAAAGCAUAUGGCUUGAGGUAUAUAUUUCCAGAGAGAUCCAAACAAAGGGAUGGAGGUUCAAGCAAUAUUUGGUCACUAGAGCUCCUGCUGCCACCCCCCCACCCUGUCAGAAUCGGGGAGCUAAUCAUGAGGAAGCAGCCCAGAAAAGUAGAGAUUUGGGUUUAAAAAAAAAAUUCCUUCCACUAGCCCUAUUACGAUAUCUUGUUUUUGUGUUUACCCUACUGACCGAGGGGGCUGGUGGCUUUUCCAGCCCUGGGCCUCUUCCCCUCCACCCGAUUGCUGACCCUCAGGGCAGGUCCCAGAGACACCAAGGCAGGCGGUGUGAGUGGGUGGGGAGAGAGAAGGGGACUAGCCAUGAGCUACUGGUAAACCUAGCAGCAGCUCUCUAGGCCAUCUGCGGGGUGAGGGAGGUGCCCACUAGCCAGAGUAGGCCGGUAGCUGAAACGGCCCCCAAAGAAAUUCAGGUCUCCCGUCCUAACCACUAACUCACACUUCCCUACCUUCUACCUUUGAGUACACUGAUCAACGAACGAACCUGUGGUCCAGGUGACUGUGGGCACAAAGUCCACUCAGACUUACUUUUUUCUUUUUUAAAAACACACCCUGUAGGUUUUCACCCUCAUGGCUACAGCUACCGCAGCUUCAGCAGGGAGGGUGAGGCGGGGCACCACAGGCCGUCCCCGCUCUGACCUUCUGUCACCGAUUCCCGCAUCAAUGAGAUUGGGAAGGUCUAGCUACGUUCCAGCAGAGGAACCAAUUCCAAGCCUUUUCCUCGGGAGCAAGGAGAUUCAGGUGGUGGCACGCCCUAGCUCUGCUCCCCGGCCCUAAUUCCUAAAAACGUAGCCCCAGAUCCACCCCUCUAGCUGAAGUGGUGACAGUCACGCCACAACCGAUUGCCACUUACCUCCCUGGAGAUCCUGAAACCCCAGAGCAGCGGGGACACAUCUAAGCAACUCGGGACCACCCCACCAUGCUCACUUCCCCAGCCAAUGUCUAAAACUCUUCAUCUGCCGGCCCGCUACGUGUGGCAGAGGUAGUAAGAUGGAUCCACGGCUGGCUGUCCAGCGUUACCUGGCCCACCUUAGAAACAGACGGUUGCUCUCCACAGAUCAUCCUAAUCCAUUUCUCUCCAUCAUGUCACCACCUAAUUACACCACUGAAGGCUUUUUAGUGUGUGAAGACUCUUUCACAGUUGCCAGACUCCUUUCAGGCUGAAGUUCAAAGUCUAUCGCCCCACUGCCUCCACUUCAAACAAGUAUCCGGUGGUGUUACAAUGGGCUGGGUGUGUGGACUUCGAAGUCAAAUACAGACUUUGUACUGUUUUGUAUAGUUCUCAAGCACCUGUGGUUUGAUAAUCUUUGUUAAAUUUAUAUUCUGUUACGUGCCAUAGCCCUUCCGGAAGUGUAGCAUAUUUAAAAAAAAUAUAUAUAUAUAUAUAGACAUAAGUCUGUGUGUAAGAUGUGCAAUAAUAGAGAUGGAUGUUCUGUGGGUUUUUAAUUCUAAAAAACUGGACUGGCUUGGCACAAGGGUCUUCUUGUACGGGGGGAGGGCAGUGUGGGGGGGAAAGAAGAAGUAGGGGUUUUGAUUUCUUGGGCCACGGCUCAAGCCCAGGGUCAGCCUAGCACUAGCCCCAACCCUCAAUGGAGGGAAAGGGGUGUGACCCUGGUUGAAGGUCUGCGUGAGGUACAAUCAUCACCAGGUUCAUUGGGAAGCCCAGUCAAUCGCUAGCCUUUAAUGUGAAGCUGCCAUGCCACCUCUGUUAGUCCAAUAUCUAGUUGCAGCUACAAAUCCCCAAGGAGCUUGUGUUGGUUGCCGCUUUCACAGCCCCUCUGGGCCACGCACAUAGGCCCCGACUCAUGCCCUUCCUGCCUGGAACAAACCACCUUGUCACACCGUCAGGUGUGGCCGGAUCAGCCACUCAAAAUCCUAGGUGCUGGGCCUAAACCAUCUCCCGAAGUCACUGAUGUGCAGUGGUGAUGGUUCUUGGAAGACCAUGGUUGUAAAACGCACUGAAAUCUCCUGGGAGGCUGCAGCAGACCUAAGCACCAGAACAGGUGUUAGCAGUAGCCUCAGUAGGGUGUGGGUUGGUGCAGGAGGAGGAGACGGACUCAAACCCUCCACCCUGUGAGCCAAAUUUACCACGGUGCUGCAGUGUGUGGGGAUUCCUGGGGUGCCUGCCGCGCUGUGAAUUGACCCGCUGUUUCUUGUGUACAUGUACUUGCCUGUUUUUCCAAGCUCAGAAUUAAACUAGACUUGGCAACCUCA